AUGCAUAAACGACCAGUUAUGCUCGUACCAAAGUCUUUCCCUUUCUCCCCGCCCAAUGGCACAACAUACCAGCAGGGGGAUGAAAAGCAGCUCUGCAAGAAGACACCAAUAUCCAUCAGGGACAUACAUCCCUGUCUGCUCGGUUCUCGGGACCCCCAUUUUCUACCUCCGAUGUUCCAUCUUGGGUGGGCUGUCGGCGAAGACAAGCUACUGGAACUUCUUAUAAAAGAGUUUCCUGCAUAUAUCCAAUAUUCGGAACCAGACGGCAAGGGCGUGCCUCUGUGGGAGUCAAUCUUCUGCAUAGUCGAUGGUAUUAUUCAAGACUUCAAUAUCCCGGAGGAGCUCCAUGAGUGUCUCGAAGUCGCAGACGUUCUACGACCAGACGGCACCAUACAUCUAGCGCUCUGUGUCGGCGACAAUAGAAUUGGUAUCCUUCGUCCUCAACCCGGCGCAAUUGACAAAAUUGCAGAGAGAUUCUUUAACGGUGAACCACCCCAGUGGCAUUUAGACCCCAUCCACUGGCGGUGGAAGCAAAAGCUUCCUCGCGUCCUUUCUCCCAGCGAAGCUAGAGAGUGGGCAGCCCGAAUGAACGCGCGAGAUGCCGCCUUGGAGAAGUUAAAGGACAUUCACAUCUCAGCCGGAGUUCUGAAUGCUACGACGCCCCCACCACAAUGUCCCCCUCUGUUUAAGGCAGGAAUCACAAGUUCGACAUUCCUUCCUUCCCAGUACCUUUACAACGACACAGUCCCAGAGUCGAUUUACUCGUCCGUAUUGACUGGAACCGGCUGCAAUACCGCGGCCGAUACUCUUGCCUGUCUGAGGGCUACUAACUCGUCUAUCCUCCAACCUGUUAAUGCCCAGAUUGUCCACGGCGGCUUCUUUGGUACUUGGACCACUGUCCUAGUCAUCGACGGGGAAUUUAUUAGGCGGCGUCCAACUGAGGUUCUCCGUUCGGGAAGGCGUGCUCUUCUCGCAAUAUCUAACGCCAAUGAAGGGGCCCUUUUUCAGCUCUUCCCUGGUAUCACGCCGGCACAGAGCGUUGUCAUCGCAAGUUUGUACGCCAAUUUAGGAUCCCCGGCUGAACAGGCGAAUCUGAUCAUGGGCGAAUCUAUCUUUGUUUGUCCUUCAUAUCACUUGUUGCGAGCCUCUCCAGGUGCUUACAGGGGGAUAUUUGCCAUACCGCCGUCAUACCACGAGGAUGACUUGCCAUUCUACUUCGAUCCACUCAUCACCAUUACCGGCGGCGGAGACAAUUCAAGCGUUACGAAUUCAUUCUUAGACUUUGCCCUCCAUUUCGACCCGAACAUCAAAUAUGACGAAAACAACAUCACUCCACCCUGGGAGCCCUACGCGCCAACGAAUACGGAGAUGUUGUUCAACCGGACCGAGGACGGCCAGCUGGUCAUACGCCCGGAGACGACUGACCCCGCUCUUCUGGAGAGAUGCGCUUUUUGGGAGUCCAUCAGCGAGUUCACGGCGCAGUGA